UGAAAUCCCUCUGUGGGCUGGAAGCUUCUUGUGUCCCUGCUGAGGAGGUUCUGUCCCUGUCAGGAGAGUCUUGUGAGAGCAGCGACGAGACGGACGCGAAGGAGAACGGCCCCGGGCGAGCUGCCUCCAGGAAGAAGAAGAGCCAGAGGCACAGAGAAAACCCUGAUGGGGGUGGUGGAGAAGAAUACCCCAUUGAUAUCUGGCUGCUGUUGGCUUCCUACAUUCGCCCCGAAGACAUUGUCAGGUUUUCUUUGAUUUGCAAGAAGGCCUGGACUGUAACCUGCACUGCUGCCUUUUGGACCAGGCUCUACAGAAGGCACUACAGCCUGGACGCCUACCUGCCGCUGCGCCUGCGCCCCGAGUCCAUGGAGAAGCUGCACUGCCUGCGGGCCUGCGUCAUCCGCUCCCUCUACCACAUGUACGAGCCCUUCGCCUCCCGGCUCUCCCGCAACCCCGCCAUCCCUGACAGCACUCCCAGCACUUUAAAAAACUCCAGAUGUCUGCUUUUCUGGUGCAAAAAGAUUGAAGGGAACAGACAAGAAGCAAUGUGGGAAUUCAACUUCAAGUUCAAAAAGCAGUCUCCCAGAUUUAAGAGCAAGUGUUACAAAGGGCUUCAGCCACCCAUUCAGUAUGAGGAAGUCCACACGAAUCCGGAUCAGGAUUGCUGUCUACUGCAGAUCACCACCUUCAACUUCAUCUUCGUGCCCAUAGUAAUGGGCAUGACAUUUACCUUGUUCACCAUCAACGUGAGCACAGACAUGAGGCACCACCGCGUGCGCCUGGUGUUCCAGGACGCGCCGCUGCGCAGCGGGAAGAAGCCGCGGCCUGACCAGGGGGUGCAGGUGGUGCUGGACCCCGUGCACAGCGUCAGGCUCCUGGACUGGUGGCACCCUCAGUACCCCUUCUCCCCCAAAGCUUAGUGCUCCCCCGAGCCUGCGGGCCCCGAGCUGGCUGAAGAGAAUCUCUAGGAACCAGGAAAUCUGAUGCGUUGGGUUUGUUUUUUUUAAUUUCUUAAAUAAAUUCUGCAGUCUCCUUGCCAGCGGGUGAAGCAGCUGAGCUGGUCUGUGUGUAGAGAACUUCUGGUCAGUGAGGGGCAGAGCUGAGUGCUAAAGCUGAAACUAUUUGUAAACACACUUUUAUGUAAAAUUCACGUUUUAUGAUUUAAAAGGAGCUCCCUGGAACUGUUGAUUUAAAAUCCUUUUGG